UCCUGAAAUCUCAAACUUUUCUUACUUGGCCUACACCUGCAAGCACCGGGACUGGGGUAGAAUCUCCCAAACCCAAGAUGAGUGUCAAAAAGGAAGACGUGGAGAAGUUCUUGGAUGGAAAUCCAGCUUUUGCCAGGAGCUAUUUUGACCAAAAGCUCAAACCGGGUGCAGUGGCCUCGAUCCUGCGAAUACCAGAGUCCAAAGUGGAUGUGGAGACUUUUAAAGACAUAAGCUCCGUAGAAGAGGGAGCGAUAUUCUACGAUCUCAUUACAGAUAUGCAAGAGAACGUAAAUAUGGAGAAAGUGAUUUUUAAGAUCUUGAAGAGGAUCAGUGCUCUGAUCCAUGCCGACCGCUGUAGCCUGUUCAUGUAUCGGCAGAGAAACGGUGUCGCCGAGUUGGCCACACGACUCUUUAAUGUUAACAAAGAUUCUGAGCUGGAUGACUGUGUGGUGGCUCCGGAUUCUGAGAUCGUCUUCCCUCUUGAUAUCGGUAUUGUAGGACACGUUGCCCAAACCAAGAAGCCCAUCAAUGUCAAGGAUGUUACACAGGAUAGUCACUUCAGCACUUUUGUUGAUAACCUUACUGAAUACACUACACGCAACAUCUUGGCCACACCGAUCAUGAACGGGAAGGAUGUUGUUGCUGUCAUCAUGGCUGUCAACAAAACCACUGGACCUUAUUUCACAGAUGAAGAUGAGGAUCUUUUUUUAAAGUACUUAAAAGUUGGCUCUCUGAACCUGAAGAUUUUUCACCUGAGCUAUCUACAUAACUGCGAAACACGUAAAGGACAGCUGCUGUUGUGGUCAGCUAACAAGGUGUUUGAAGAGCUCACAGAUAUUGAGCGUCAGUUUCACAAAGCUUUAUACACCGUGCGAGCCUACCUCAACUGUGACAGAUACUCUGUAGGCCUGCUGGACAUGACCAAAGAAAAGGAGUUUUUUGAUGUUUGGCCUGUGUUGAUGGGAGAGCAGCCACCAUAUUCUGGCCCUGUAACUCCGGAUGGAAGGGAAAUCAAUUUCUACAAAGUUAUUGACUAUAUUUUGCAUGGAAAAGAGGACAUAAAGGUCAUACCAAAUCCACCUGCAGACCAUUGGGCACUGGUUAGUGGAUUACCCACAUAUGUAGCAGAGAGUGGAUUUAUUUGCAACAUCAUGAACGCAGCCGCCGAAGAAAUGUUCAAAUUUCAGACGGAAGCGUUGGAUGAAAGUGGAUGGACUAUCAAGAAUGUGCUUUCCCUGCCUAUUGUCAACAAAAAAGAAGAGAUUGUUGGCGUUGCAACUUUUUACAACAGGAAAGAUGGCAAACCGUUUGAUGACCAUGAUGAACAACUCAUGGAGGCCUUGACACAGUUUCUGGGUUGGUCGGCACUCAACACAGACACCUAUGACAAAAUGAAUAAACUGGAGAACAGGAAGGACAUCGCCCAGGAUAUGGUGCUGUACCACGUCAAAUGUCGAGAUGAUGAGAUUCAAGAUAUCCUUAAAACAAGAGAGUAUUUUGACCGAGAGCCCAAGGACUGCGAGGAAGAUGAGCUUUUGGAGAUUUUGAAGAAAGAGCUGCCUAGUCCAAAAAAAUAUGAGAUCUACGCCUUCCAUUUCUCAGAUUUUGACUGCACUGAACUGGAGCUUGUAAUGUGUGGCAUCAAAAUGUACUAUGAAGUUGGAGUAGUCAAAAAGUUUCAGAUCCCUCAGGAGGUUUUGGUGAGAUUCAUGUACUCGGUGAGCAAAGGCUACAGGAAAAUCACAUAUCACAACUGGCGACAUGGCUUUAACGUUGGACAAACCAUGUUUACAUUACUCACGACAGGCCAGCUGAAGCGCUAUUACACAGAUUUGGAGGUGAUGGCAAUGAUAACGGCUGGAUUUCUGCAUGAUAUUGACCACAGAGGCACGAAUAAUCUCUACCAAGUGAAGUCCCAGAAUCCUCUUGCCAAACUGCAUGGAUCCUCUAUUCUGGAGAGGCAUCACUUGGAAUUUGGCAAAUUCUUGUUAGGAGAAGAGUCUUUAAACAUCUUCCAAAACCUCAACAGAAGACAAACAGAACAUGUCUUCCAUCUCAUUGAUAUUGCCAUUAUUGCAACUGACCUUGCCUUGUACUUCAAAAAGAGGACGAUGUUUCAGAAAAUUGUGGAUCUCUCAGAGACGUACGAGGAUGAGAAGAAAUGGGUUGACUUCAUGUCUCUUGAAACAACAAGAAAAGAAAUAGUAAUGGCUAUGAUGAUGACAGCAUGUGACCUCUCAGCUAUCGCAAAGCCUUGGGAGAUUCAAAGCAAGGUUGCCCUUUCUGUAGCAGCUGAAUUCUGGGAGCAGGGUGAUCUUGAGAGGACUGUCCUUGAACAACAGCCUAUUCCUAUGAUGGACAGGAACAAAGCCGCAGAACUGCCAAAACUUCAGUGUGGUUUCAUCGACUUUGUCUGUACUUUUGUCUACAAGGAGUUCUCUCGCUUUCACAGCGCUGUCCAGCCAAUGUACGAUGGGAUUCUUAAUAACCGGAAGCACUGGAAAGAGAGACAGGAGGAAUAUGAGGCCAAACUGAAGGAAUUAGAGGAGGCAGCUAAAGCCAAGCAGGAAGCAGCUGCCAAAAAUGGUUUGAGUGUUGUUUUUUCUGAUAAUGUUCAAUUGAUGUGUAGUAAACAUCUAGCUCUUUUAUAGCUCAUAGUUAUCAUAUAAUGUAUAUCUUGAAUUAGUAAAGCUUUUGUGAUUAUUUCUCUACAGCUGCAACUACCAACAACACCAGUGGGUCCAAGACGUGUUCAGUCUGCUAAAGAAAGAGAACAGCAUGGACGGCACAAGCAACCUGGGAAACAGAUGA